AUGGCGAAUAUGACCGGAGCGGCAUCUCAAAGUUUGUUCACGCAACAGGAGGAUUCUCGUGGCAUUCAGGAUAACGCUAUUGGCGACCUCACCGCCCUAGUACAGGUCCUCCUAGGGCAAGUGGAAUCUCUCACUCAAAAGGUGGAUGCGUUUGGUACUAAUAACAUGCCGGGCAUGAACAUUGAAGCAAGGAGGCAUAGUGAUGAGCGUGGAGUUGGAUUAACUGGUCGGAAUACUAGUGAGGCACAUCCCGACAAUACAGCAGAAGGUAGGAGCGCAAACAAUAACACUGAUAGCGCGCCUACCUGUGAUGUUAAUCGGCAGGGAGGAACUGGUCAGCUGAUGCCUCCAAGGUGCCCUUCUAAUGCUUCUCAAGUUCAAAAUGAUAUUAUUCCCACUAUGUCCACAUUUCUUAAUAAUAACAACUUUUUUAGUGGUCAGAGCAGCUCCAGUGUGCCCUCGAAUGACUUAAAUGAGGGAGUGCGAAAUGUUCUAUCUCGUAAUAUUAACGAGUUUGACAUUAAGUUGUAUAAAUGUAGAAAAUUACAGCUCGAGGUUUCUUAUUUAGAGGAAUGCAUUCAUAAUAAGAUCAUUCCAAAAGGUUUACGCCAGUGGCGAUAUCCAGCUGGCUUAACCAGUACUUCAUCCUUUUACAGUGAACUCAUUGCACUCUUUGACCGACAGGGGCAUGAAUUUCUUCAAGCUCUCAUCAAUUUUUAUACCAAAGAUAUUACAGUUUUAAAAACUGAGUUGGAAGUGCUUGAACAUGGGAUUAAAUCUGAUAAGGAUUUUCCAAGAUAUAAAUACGAAUAUUGCAGAAUAUACACUAGUAUAGAGGCAACUAUGAACAAGCUUCUUGUAACUAAGAAGAAGAAAAUAGCUAGGGAUAUCAAUGAUUAUGCAAAUAAUCAAGCAUACCCUAAGCCUCCCUCUAGUGUCCAAACAAGUACUAACGAUAAUUGCAAUAAUCAACAGGGGAAUGAUUUUGUUGACAAUCCCAACCCUCUUCAUAUCAAUGGUAACUUUUCAAAUGAACAAGGUCAACCACUAAGAAGAAGCCCAAGGUUCACCAACAAUAACAAUAACAGUAACAAUGGAGGUGAUAGCAACCUUAGUAAUGACAGACAAAACCAUUUUUCUGAUAACAAUCAAGGUGUGGAUGUUCAGAACCAGCAGGGUUUUCGGCCAGUUACCAAUGGCCGGAGGAACAAACGUCAGUCAACUUAUCAGCAGAACACUUCAAGGAACAGGAGAAGAACACGCAGGAGAUAG